CGCGCAUCUGCCCCCCCUGCCGCGGGCGAGAGGUCGUGCUCGGCGUGAGCGACGGGCGCGGGUGCUGUGGAACGCUUGAGGAGAGGGAGGGAGCUUCACCUGGUGAAGAAUGGGGGUGUAGGGGAGAUGGGAUCUGAUGGGGUUCAGAUGGGUAAUGGGUGGUCAUAACUGUUACAUUGUUUCGCUGUGUCUGGAGUCAUUGUGUCAGGCUUUAUGGUGUGGUGGGCAUUGGAGUCAUCGCCUUUUGUUCGAGAAGCAUUCGAAAGGUUACGAAAAAUGUAAAACGGACAUGAUAAAAAAACACUUGUGCAGACUGGAGUUGGGAGAAGGGGAGAUAAUAGGGAUAGGGAAGGGCAAGGGAGGCUGAGAUGCCAUCAUGCUAGCAUUGCUAGAUUUAUAUAUGCUUUGAUUGAAUAAAAUGAUAAUCCCAUGAUUAUUCCGUCCGUUCUCUCAAUACAAUACUAAUCUGUUGCUGUUGUUGAUGUUUUCGAGAGUCUUCAAUGUCGUUCAAAAGCCG